GCCCAAAGUCGUCUCGAUACCCUAAUGAGAUGGAUUCGAGUGCUCGACGCAGUGUCAAUGUAAAAUCAUGUAGCAUUUGUCGACGUCAAGGGCAUAAUAAGAAAACUUGUGCAGCUAGGGGUGGUGUUGGAUCAUCGGGGUCUCAUGGAGCCGACGAUCCAUCCCGGCCCACGUGAUACUUCGGUUUUGACGUUGCAGGCGGAGCAUAGGAGUGAGGAUGUUUGGGGAGGGGGUAUGGACAGGCUUUUGACGUGUCGGGAGCACGUGCUUGGUUUAGGAGAGUGGGUGAUACAUGAUCGAGUCUUGGAGUUUGUUAGAUUAGCAGGGUUCUAUGGUGUACAUAGAUUGGUUGGUGGUGGAUUAGCCUUAGAUAGGUCUUUGAUCACAGCAUUGAUUGAGAGAUGGAGACAGGAGACGCACACUUUUCAUUUGGCUGUUGGUGAGGCUACUAUUACUCUGCAGGAUGUCGCUGUUUUGUUGGGGCUCAGAGUUCAUGGGGCUCCUGUCACAGGGGAUGGUACUGGGGUGUGGUCAGCUUUAGUCGAGGAGUUGUUAGGGAUACGACCAGAGCCUAGUGAUGAUGGAAAACCUGUUCUCCAGGGUUCAUCAUUGAGGAUGACUUGGUUGAGGCGACACUUCAGUCAGGGCCCCCCUGAUGACGCUGCUGAUAUUGUUUAUGAGAGGUUUAGCCGAGCAUAUAUUCUUGCACUUAUGGGGUCCAUUUUGUUUGCUGAUAAGAGCGGUGAUGCCGUGCAGCUCGUCUACUUGCCAUUGAUACGCGACUUGCGUAGAGCUGGGACAUACAGCUGGGGGAGUGCGACCCUUGCUUAUUUGUAUCGACAGAUGUGUCGAGCCGCUCGUAGACGAUCCCGUGACAUUGGUGGUCCACUUAUACUUCUGCAGUUAUGGUCAUGGGAGCAUAUUCACAUUGGUCGUCCGAGGAUUUCGAGAGUUCGCGAUGCUCCACCUCCUGACCCAGAGCAUCCUAUUGAGGUCGACGAUCCAUCUAUUCUUGGUACUCAGCAUCAGCGUGGAGUGGACCCCUUAGCAUGCAGUUGGCUUAGGGUUCACUUUUCAUGUGGCCAUACAGCUAGUGGACUCUCUUUCUUUAGGGAUGCACUUGACCAUCAAAAGGAGACACAGAUGACUUGGCAGCCAUAUUCAGAGACGGUACUUGGUUUACUACCCGAGAUUUGUAGAUGUGAUAGAGAUAUAUGGCGCUCAGUUGUACCGUUGAUUUGCUUUGACAUUGUUGAGUACCACUACCCAAAUCGAGUGAUGCGUCAGUUUGGAUUGGAACAGUCAGUUCCCGUUGCGUGUGACACGAGUGUUGAUCUUCAUAAUGUGGAUCGACGGCAUAAAAACAAGAAGUUUGAAGAGAUGCAUCGCAAAUAUGUGGAGGAGUGGCGUGAUCGUGAGAGUCGGAUUGUUCAAGGCACUCCUUUUGCCGGUCAUCGUGAGAGGAUGAAGGAGUAUAUGGAUUGGUAUUGUAGCAUCACGAGACUCCUCAUUACUCCUGUUACACGAUCACCCCCCACCACUCAUUAUCAGCCGUCUUCCUCUGAUAUUAUUUUGUCACAUGCAUUGGCUGAUCUUGCCUCAAGAUGCACUCGAGCUGUGGAUUCUGCGUUAGAGUUACCUCCCAGUUUGGCCCUUCCUCUCACUCUUGAUACGUUACGCAAUUUGAGUUCCUCUUGCAUUGAGACCUUAUCAAGAGUGGGGCAAGAACAUAUCCUCCAACAAUAUGAUUUAGCCUCGUCUCAGUGUACACCCGACACCUCCACCUCACAUGUUUCUCGAGGGCGUGGUUUUCGACCACCACGUGCACGCCCUCCACCACUUACUCCUCCUCUACGCCCUCUAGCACUUACUUCUCCACACCCUCCACCACCACCUUCUCCACGCCCUCCACCACCACCUUCUCCACGCCCUCCACCUCUUACUCCUCCUGCAUCUCCGCCAGCAUCACAAGUUAUUUCAUCUCCUCCUUUGCAGCUUCUCACUUACCGGCGACAAAAGGGUUGCUCUCCUAGUCAACGUCCCGAGCCAAUUGCCGAGGAGGAUGAGUCCUCAUUUUCAUCGUCCGAGCAUUCAAAGAAACAACGUAGAACUUAGAUUUGAGCUACAUUAGAAAUUUUGUGUAAUCUUUUGUUCUUUUUGCUAGUAUUGGAACUUUUAGAACUUUUAGAAACUCAUGUGUCAUUAUUGGAACGAUUGAACUUUUGGAAAUUUUUUGUUUGCACUCUUC